CAUCACAAUUCCCUAAAUCCUACAAUCUUUCUUUUCUUCCAUCACCUAAGAGUAAACCCUACCUUGCGUCCCAAGUCUCCACCGAUAAUGCAACCAUCCACCAACAUUUUUAGCCUCCAUGGUUGUCCACCUUCGUACCUUUCCCAUAUUCCUACAUCCUCACCAUUUUGCGGACAAAACCCUAAUCCAUUCUUCAGCUUCGAAACUGGCGUGAACACUUCACAGUUCAUGAGUUUGAUCAGCAGCAACAACUCGACCUCAGAUGAAGCAGAAGAGAAUCAUAAGGAGAUAAUAAAUGAGAGGAAGCAAAAGAGGAAGAUAUCUAACAGAGAAUCGGCAAGAAGAUCGCGUAUGAGGAAGCAGAGACAAGUGGAUGAGCUUUGGUCACAGGUGAUGUGGCUUAGGGAUGAGAAUCAUCAGCUGCUUCGUAAGCUUAACUGCGUUUUAGAGUCUCAAGAGAAGGUUAUUGAAGAGAAUGUUCAGCUCAAAGAGGAAACCACUGAGCUUAAGCAAAUGAUUAGUGAUAUGCAGCUUCAGAAUCAGAGUCCUUUCUCUUGCAUCAGAGACGACGACGACGUUGUAUAGAUGAUUUUUAUUUUUAUUUUUUUGGGGCUCUAGUAUGUAUCAACAAAUGUAUAUCCAGAGAUCUGUCUCAGCUUAAGAUUUAAUUAAGACUCUAAAUUAGUAAUUGUUAAAGCAGAGUUCUUCAAACUUGUGUUGCCCGUGAAUAGAAGUAAGAAAUUGUUUCA